CCCCCUUUCGUUCAAAGUGAUCCGGUCCAGCAUUCCAGCUUGGCGGGCGGCUUAUUUUAUUUCGUCUUUCUGCUAUCGGCGUUCGGAUUUUUCCAUCUCGGGUUUGCGUUGUCGACACCGAGCUACAUGCACACGACCGUGCGAUGAAACAUCAUUUUGGAGAGAUCAACGUUGAAACAAAUUUUUGUCAUUUCCUGGCCAAACGAAAUAUAAUAAAGCUGGUAAAAUUUUGGAUCUAACGGUCUUAUACCUCUGGAUUUAUAGCAUCAUUGGAUGACACUGUGUCAUCAGGAAUAAUUUGUAGGAGGAUUGAGCAAAGAUGGCGAGAAGAAGAGAGAGGAAAGACGAUUCGCGAUCGAGAAGGACGCUACAGAUUUGUAUCUUAGCAGCAAUAUGCUUUUGGAUGACAGAAUCCGCAGAUGUAGGAAUAAGUGCUCUCUUUGGAACGGAGACCGGUUAUCAGGAUAACUACAAAACAAUCAUACAAGAUGGGGUCAGGUACAUCAAUAGAAACACCACAUUCCUCUCCGAGGUUCAUCAACUGGUAUUCGUUGAUUCUAGUAUUAACAGCAGACCAAGCAACUCCGUGUACGUCGCAUUGCAAGAAGGAUGCGACCACGUGGCGACAUCGCAGGUGUCCGCCCUCGUCCUGCCGAAAGAUCGCUGCACGGCAAGCGACGACAUCGCCGGCGUUCUCAGCCACGCGACCAACCCUGUCUUCUCCAUCGACCCGGGUAAUCUGGGCUCGGGCUCGACCGCCUUCAAGAUGCAGCCGUCUCCCGAGGACAUGACCAGCUUCUACAUCGACAUCCUGUCCUACUACAGUUGGAUGAACUUCACCCUGCUCUAUGACGACGGUGGAGCUUUUGCAAACAUGGAAGGGGUCAUGGAGUACGCCACCAUGAACAAGUGGAACAUCUCAACCGUCAUCAUCGACGAGGAGUUCGGAAACAACAUUCCAAUGAUCGAAGAACGAGGCUCCAAAAACAUCUUCAUCUACUGCUCUUCCGAGAUUAUCCUUCGCAAUACCAUUGAUCAGGCUCUUCUCUUUGGUACAAUGGGACCAGCAUACACAUGGAUGAUUGGCAAUAUGGACAUGGGUAUCGACCGUCAAUUUCUGGAGGAUCUCGAGGACAGCAACGGUUUCGUCACCCGCUUCAACAUGAACUACACCCGUGAGCAGCAGUACGCUCUCCCGACCGCCCGUAACACGCCCACCGGAGAGUGGCAGUUCCGUGAACGUUGCGCCUUCGAUGCGGUGAUCGCCGUCGGACACGGGCUCCGCUUGUACCGGAAGAAGCGAGUUGCCGAUGGUAAUACGGGUAGUUCGGUGCUUCCUGGCGACUCUUCGAUGCCUGCCUGUCCGACGUCGUCCUUGGUGGUGAACGAAAAUGACCUGACCUAUUACCUGAAAGAGGUCACUUUCGAGGGGAUCACGGGCACCGUCGCCUUCGAUGACGAGGGCAACCGCGUCAAUUAUACCAUCACCGUCCGCAGUGGGCAGGGUGAAACCAUCGACCAGAUCAGAGGCGACUGGACACAGAACAUCGAAUAUUGGGAGGACAAAUGGAACAGGAAAUGGGAAAGUGAAGGUCGUUUCAAUGUCACCACCUACAACUACGGUAACGACCGAAAGAUCAAGGUCGUCUCGAUCGAGGCGGAACCGUUCCUGUUCCUCCGCGAGAAGCGUGCCCAGGAACUUAACCAGUACAACCUUCGUCAGAGUUCAACCUACACUGGCAAUGACCGUUACGAGGGCUACAUCAUGGACCUUCUAGCCAGGAUCAAGUCCAACAUGCGCGGCAUCGACUUCGAUUACGAGGUCGAGCUGGUACCCGACAACAAGUACGGCAACAAGGACGUGUUCAGCGAAGAGUGGGAUGGCAUGAUCGGCGAGGUUGUACGAAGGAAAGCUGACAUCGCAGCCGGACCGCUGACUGUGACCGAGGAGCGGGAAAGGCACGUCGACUUCACUUUUUCAUUCAUGAGUGGCGGUGUCAAGCUCCUCCUCCAGAACCCCUACUUUGUACAACAUUACAUCUUCCGUCUCACGUACCCCUUUGGAAUCGAGGUGUGGUUCAUCAACCUCAUCGUCUUCCUGCUGGUGGCUCUACUUCUCUUUCUCUUCAACUACUUCGACCCUUACGAAUGGCAGGCUGCCGCCGAGCGCGGGGAGACCUUCGAGGAGAACGGCAAGAACUUCAACUUGAAGAACUCCCUCUGGUUCUGUACCACCACCAUGUUCUUGCAGAGCUACGACAACUCCCCGCGCUCCAACGCCGGUCGAACCCUGACAGCCUUUUGGUGGGUCUUCAUCCUCGUCAUGGUUUUCCUCUACCUCUUCAACCUGACCUUCUUCAUCAAUUCCAACAAGCGUCUGGUGCACGUCAAAGAUGCUGGAGACCUCCUAGACCAAGAUGAUGUCGUCUUUGGAACUGUGGAUGAAGGAUCCAUCUACUGGUACCUCUACAAGUCAUCCAUCCCGGAGUACAAUCGCAUAUGGCAACGCAUGUAUUCGGCCCAACCAUCGGCUUUUGUCAAGAACACAACUGAAGGAGUCGAACGUGUACGAAACAGCAACGGGUUCUUCGCUUUCUUGGGAGAAGCAGGAGAGCUCGACUACAUUGCAAGCAAGCGCCCAUGUAACCUGAUGGUCAGUGGUGGUUACAUAGACCGCACCACUUAUGCCCUAGCCGUGCAGACCGACUCGCCUCUCCGUGACCAACUCUCGUACGCCAUCGAGACCCUACGAGACUCCGGCGUCCUUGAAGACCUGCAACGGGAAUGGUGGGAGAGGGAAUCAGAGAUCAAUAACAGAUACCGCUGUAACAACUUGACGACAUGGGAACGACAGGGAGUCUUCUCCUUUACCGUCAACGAUCUCCAAGGUGUGUACUUCAUGCUGCUGCUCGGUUUCUUGGUCGCGUUCAUCGUCUUCCUCCUGGAGGUCAUCUUCUUCGCUGCUUUCGGAGGUAAAAGUAAGGGUACCCGCAAUAAGAGCAGAGGAGGAGUCUCAAGGAACCCGCCGCCUCCUAUGUCAGGCGGUGGCGGUGGACCAAUUGGUGGAGGACAACCGAUUGGUGGAGGGGGAGGUAAGAGCGACGGCAAAGAGAAAAUGUGGAUAUAGUGAAUGAACCACCAAACAAGACUCUAAUCCAGUUCAUGGCCGAGCACGUCAGGAACUAGCCUGAUGACACCCUCUCCGCCGAAAAUCAGGUACUUUUUAUUACCCAAGCACAUUAACUCUCGUGCCUAUACGAAUCAAGUCGAGAUUUGGUGGGAAGGUUAUGAUCUUUGCAGUGAUUGGUGCUAAGAAAAUGCUGAGAAGCCUUUAAAAGAAAGAAUGUAAAGCAGGUUGGGUGAAUUUAAACGGCUAUAAGAACUAAACGUUUAACUGCACCAAAUAUGUUCGUCCACUCAUUGUCAUUCCAUUAUUUUUAAUGAUACCCUUUCCCCCUUUUCUUGUGUAAGUAAUUGACUCUGAUUUACGUACUCUGCAAGUUCUUUGGACUUGGGGGUUUGUAAAGGCUCCUUGAUCAGGCAGGCAGUACACAAAGAAAUUCGAGAAAACAUCAAAUUAGUCAAAGGAUGUGAACACAUGUGAAUGAUUCUCCUCAAAAUCGAGUAUUUUGGUAAUGUCAUAAGCGUUGAAAUGUAUUGCUGGACAUAAGAUUCGACGCAUUUAUCUUUGAAUUUCCGUAUGAUGUAUCGCCAUAAUUAAUUAUAAGUAUUUUUUUCAACUGUUCGCUUUUCUUUUGGCGUCUAUGUGAAGUGCUGUUUAAGGAAAUUACAGUGAUUGUGGUACGCAAUUUAGGAGAUUGAUACCAAACUUUGUAUUUAAGGACAUUGUGAUUAUUUCGUCCUAUUUGUGUGGUAUACUUUUCAGCAGUACUAAUACAACAUUGAACUAUAUUUGCAUUUGUUUGCAUAAUAUCGCCGCACAGUUUAAGGUGUAUUCGUAAUAGUUAAAAGGUAUUGAAGAAAAAGGAUUUUUAAUUUGCAUUCUGCUGAUUCACUUUUUAAAAACGAACUUAAAGCUGCUUCAUUGUCCUUUGUAUGGGAUAACCACCAUAUUGACCAUUUAAUCAAUAUUUUAAAGAUGAUGAUUUCUCCCGGCUGUACAAGAGGCAUAUAUUCUUUGUGCCAAAAAACUGCCAAUUAUAAAUGAAUUCAUGCAGCGCCCGUUGCAUACGUUGCGUCAUUUUGAAUGCGUUAUUACCCGCUCUAAUCCAGCCCGUGAAAGGUAAUUAGCGUAUGCGCCAGUAAUUCAAGGUAAUAUGUGCAUAGUUUAUUUUGCGUUUACUUUGUGUACAUCCGUCAUGGUACGUCAAAGACUGCGCCAAUUGCUGAGGCAGUAGUACGUUAUCAAAUGACGUCUCGUAUGUAGUGGGCAUAACUUUCCGAUUCAGGCAAAAGGAACUUUUUUUUCUUGCUCUCUCCGUUUCCGUGGUGUUCUGUUGUUGCUUUUGUUUUCGGGCACGUCUUCUGCUUUAUCUUUGUGCAAACAAAUGCAAAUCUUUCUUAAGUUAGUCUGUGAAAAGAGAUCGAGCCUGAUUGACUGUGUUGUUAGUUACGAUGUGGAUAUAUUGAAUAUAUAUUGUGUAGGAUUUUUUUUAAUUACUGGACUGUCUUCAGUCAGAAAAGUGUGGGGGGAAAUGAAGAGAAAUUAUAUACUUUGCUAAGCUUCGUUUUAUGUAAGUUUUUAUUAUCUUUCUAGUAAAGUAAUAAGAUAAGCUAGUCUGCGUUUUUCAGAGGAUGUAAAUAGUUUGGAAGAUGUCUGAACAGUUUUUAUGAGAAUUUUUCGACGAAUGUGUGUGUAUACUUAUUCAGAAUGUAGGGAAAUUCAUACGAUUUUAAGUUUAACCAUUGUGAACGGGACCAUUGUCACUUAAUGUCGGUACAUGAAUGUGUGUUUAGUUCAAGUUAUGUGCCUCUGGAACUGCAUCCUAAAUGGCGUUUAACAUUCUCGUGUGAAUGUUCCUUCUGUUUUUGUGUAUGCUAGAAAACUAUGUAGAUAUACUGUUCAGAUAGAUUGAACAUUUCAUAUGUAUAUUACGGUUGAACGAUUUAUAUUUCAAUUGAUAUACACCAGUCGCUUUUUGUAUAUGAAAACAGACUAUAUUUUUAGCUAAAUCCAAGAUGUACUAGUCUCCCCAUUUUAUAAAUGUAUAAAAUAAUUAGAAUUAGUAAAGCAUAGAACUGUUUCUUUCAUUUAAAUGUAGAAGCCGAGUUCUUGAUUAUCAAUUUCAGAUUUCCCUGUUGAUUGGUUUAAAAGAAAUAGAACUGCAAAUCUUGAAUAAGACAAUACAUGUAAUGCCGCCUGUGACCUAAAUAUAUUUGGGCAGUUCCUAGGUUUUUGGUUAUUUGGUGUCCCAUACUUGUACGUUUGCAAGAACUGUGAUGUUCUUAACCGAAAUGACACCGAAUGUGUUUGGUUCGGCCUGCUCUAAGCUCUAAAGGAGUGAUUGUUAGCCUUGAUCAGAUGUAUGUAAUGGCCUUGUGCAUUUAAGAAAUAAUAUAACAAACUGUAUUCAGAUUCUUAUUCUAAUUGAGGAUAUCAUGAAAUAGAAGACCAAUUGACGAAGUAAGAAGAUUGAUGGUAUUGUAAUUAAAAUCACGAACUUUACAUAUUAUGUAGGCCUUCUCACUGCUUGCCCUGUGGCUCCCGAAUAAUUAAACAAAAUUGCACUUGCCCCUUCGUAAUGGGACAGGCGAAACAUCAAUGUGUUUUGUCUAUCGCAAAGUAAGAACUAAUGUCGGGCAAGUUGAAGUCCUAUCUUUAUCGCAAUCUUCGUUCCUGACUGCCCCUCGUGAAACAUUUCAUUGUUAUUCAGUUACUAUUUUUUUCACUGAAAUACGAAUGAAAUUUGUAUGUAUUCCUAUCAUAGAUUAUAGCAUUAGUCUCGAGGAAUAUUCAUUUUAAUGAUUGAAUAGGAUAACAGAUACAUGUGUAGUCAGUUCUACGCUUUUACUGAUGGUAAUGAUAUUCAAAUUUUGUGAAUUUUCUUAGUAAAUACUGUAACGCAUUUACACUCAAGAAUGUAUAAACUAUUUCACUUUUUUUCUAAAUAAAUUGUAGUAAAAUAUGACGAUGAAA